CGCGGCACUUCCGGGAUGCUCUCUGGAGGUGAGGCACUUCCGGUCGCUGGUUCCGGGGCCGGGUGACGUGGCUGAGCGGCUGUGGAAGAGCAGUAGCAGCGGAGGGAGCACUAUUUUGAAGGAGGGAGCCUAAGAGCCACGUCCGCCCUGUCCUGAGCCGUCAUGAGGGCGCUAAGCCUGGUACUGUUCUGCGGGGCCGCGCUGCUGCUAGUGCGGGCUGACGAGCACGAGCACACGUACAAUGACAAAGAGGAGGUUGUCCUAUGGAUGAACACAGUGGGGCCGUAUCACAACAGACAAGAGACAUACAAGUAUUUCUCUCUACCGUUCUGUGUUGGGACGAAGAAGAGUAUUAGUCAUUAUCAUGAAACCUUAGGAGAAGCUUUACAAGGGGUGGAAUUGGAGUUCAGUGGACUUGAUAUUAAAUUUAAAGAUGACGUCAUGCAGACCACAUAUUGUGAAAUUGACUUAAAUAAAGCCAAGAGAGAUGCCUUUGUCUACGCCAUCAAGAAUCACUAUUGGUACCAGAUGUACAUAGACGAUUUACCGAUCUGGGUACACUGGUUUUCCAUCUUCAACUCUUUCAUGAUGGUUAUUUUCCUGGUGGGUCUGGUGUCCAUGAUCCUUAUGCGGACUCUAAGGAAAGAUUAUGCACGAUACAGCAAGGAAGAGGAAAUGGACGAUAUGGACCGGGAUCUCGGUGAUGAAUAUGGCUGGAAGCAGGUUCAUGGAGGUUUUCGUCCAUCCAGCCAUCCUCUGAUGUUUUCAUCUCUUAUUGGCUCUGGUUGCCAGAUCUUUGCCGUUUCACUUAUUGUAAUUAUUGUUGCCAUGAUAGAAGAUUUAUACACAGAGCGAGGUUCCAUGCUCAGCACCGCAAUAUUCGUCUUACGCUGCAACUUCACAGUAAAUGGGUAUUUUGGAGGAAGCCUUUACUGACAAGGAGGUAGACGCUGGAUAAAGCAAAUGUUUAUAGGCGCCUUCCUGAUCCCAGCCAUGGUUUGUGGGACAGCGUUUUUUUUACACUUUAUUGCAAUUUACUAUCACGCUUCAAGAGCAAUACCGUUUGGCACAAUGGUUGCCGUCUGCUGUAUCUGUUUCUUUGUCAUUUUACCAUUGAACCUGGUGGGGACAAUCCUUGGGCGAAACUUGGCAGGACAACCCAACUUCCCUUGUCGCGUUAAUGCCGUCCCACGUCCAAUUCCAGAGAAGAAGUGGUUUAUGGAACCAGCGGUCAUUGUUUGCCUGGGAGGAAUUUUGCCUUUUGGAUCAAUUUUCAUUGAAAUGUAUUUCAUUUUCACAUCAUUCUGGGCAUACAAAAUCUACUACGUAUACGGCUUCAUGAUGUUGGUCCUGGUGAUCCUCUGCAUUGUCACCGUGUGUGUCACCAUUGUUUGCACGUACUUCCUACUGAACGCUGAGGAUUAUAGGUGGCAAUGGACGAGCUUUCUCUCUGCCGCAUCCACUGCGAUCUACGUUUACAUGUAUUCAUUCUACUACUAUUUCUUCAAAACAAAAAUGUACGGGCUGUUUCAAACCUCAUUUUAUUUUGGAUAUAUGGCAGUAUUUAGCACGGCUUUAGGAAUAAUGUGUGGAGCCAUCGGAUACAUGGGAACAAGUGCCUUUGUCCGGAAAAUCUACACGAAUGUAAAAAUUGACUGAUUCAUCCGAGAAACAAGGGAACUGUGGAGCAGUGACUUUUUUUUCUUGGGUCAGGGGUGAAAUAUGCACAUUAGUGCCAGAAGAGAUUGGGUUUUAACUCUGGGUACGGUCUCAGUCUCCGUUUUGUGGACGGCUUAAAAUGGCAUCUAUUUAAUUGAUCCUAGGUUCUUACUGACUGCUCUCCAGCCGCUCACGGCAAACGCGCGGAUUAUAUGCAGUAGGCGUUACUACCAUACGUGGCUAAUCUUCCCAAAAACUAGCUCAUUAAAGAUGAAUAGACUAGCUCUCUUCAGUGAAGAGGACAACACAGUUUAUUUAAAGCAUUUGUUCCAUUAAGUAAAAAGAGGGAGUGUUGGCUGCCCACACUAGCUGAUUAGCAGUCGCCCUGGUCCUUGCGCGCUAUGAAUGCUGUUCCAGGAAGCCUUCUUUUUUUUUUUUUCUUCUUCUUCUUUCUAUUGCCCCUUUCAGGAUGUAUGUUUUAUAUUUUGACAGCUCUGCCUGCACCCGUUUGUUUAAUAGGUAAAUAAAAAAAGAACCACGAUGCAUGUAACUGAAAAGCUUUCCAUGGAGUUGGACCAAUUUCUCAUGUAUCUCUCUAAAUAAUGAAGCUCCACUCACAGAAGGUGUCCUUGGCACUGCGGUUUACUGUAUAGCUACAAAACUGUCAAUGAAGAUUCUUUGUUUUUAUGGCCGCCUGAGGUGUAAAUUAAAUAGCUUUUUAAUUGAAUUCCUAACCUAACCCCUAUUCUUCCAAAGUUACAUUUUUUUAAAAAUUUCUAAUUACUGUUUUGUUUUUUUUUGGGUUUCAAUGAAGGCUUUACAUGGACUGUAGGAGGGAAAUAAGUGUAAAUAGCAUAUAAUGUAACUUAGAUUUAGAUCCCAAAUGUAUUUGGAUGUACAGGUUUAUUACAGAGUACUUUUUUUCUGAUGAUUCGAUGUACAAAAUCUGUGUCUCGGUGGCUCCCAUCUUGCCUGCCAUUGCAUGAUACAUUGGUUUUCCUCAUGUUGUGUGUAUGUCAGGUUUUUGUUGUUUCUUUCUAAAGAUCUUACACAAAAAGUUCAAAUUUGUAAUUUAGAACAUUUAAAUUUUGUUAAUCCUGUCUGGACACUUGUGUAACAUCUAAAGCGCCGUCGCUUUAGGGUGUUCAGGGAACUGAAAUAAAACUUUCAGACAAAAAAUA